AUGGGUUCUCAGGGGCUGUGGAGCGGUAUGUCGAGAAAGGAGAUCUUAGAAAUCGCAUCCAAAUAUGUUCCCGGUUGGUACGCCAUAUUCAUCGACUAUGGGCCUUUGGCCGAGGUUAAUCCAAACAUUGCGACUGUGGAGGAAGGAAAGACAGCGCUCAUGGCAGCUGCGGAGAAUGGGUGUUAUGCGGUGGCAAUGAUGCUAAUAAUGAACGGCGCAUCAGUUAGACAAACUGAUAGGUCUGGCAACACUGCCCUUCAUUACGCGGCACAUGAAGGCUAUAUUUGCAUCGCAGAGUUAUUUUUAAAUAGAGGAAGUGACAUAGAGGCUGUCAACAGUAGUCAGUGCACUCCGUUGAUGUGGGCUGCCAAAGCUGGUCGUUGUGCUGUUGUUCGUCUCCUGCUGGAGAGGAAGGCCACGUUGACUUGUCAAUUGAACGAAAAUAAGGAAUCGGCUUUAACACUAGCCGUCCAAUCGGGCAGAUUAGAGGCGAUAAAAGUGAUCUUAGAUUGGGUACCUAAGGGAAUGCAGCAUGUAGAAGAACUGAAUGCUGCACUGCGGCUGGCUGUGUCAUCAGGUGAAAAGGAGAUGGUACAACUGCUGCUAGACCACGGAGCAGAUGUCAACCACAGUGACAAUGCUAAUUCGACAGUCAUCUUUGCAGCCGUCGAGAUGGGUGAUGUGGAGACGUUAAAAUGUCUCAGGACCAAAGGUGCACAUCUUGAGGUGUAUGACAAGGACGGAUACACGCCGCUCAUACAAGCUGCUAAAGCCGGUAAUGCAGUGAUGGUUGAGGCGUUACUAACUCUAGCUCAUACGGUUGUGACCUUCUAUGCAAAUAUCUUUGAGGUGAAUGUGGGUCGGUAUGGCGGUCAGACUGUGAUUGCAAUCAGUCGACCCUGGUGGUGA